UCUCUGGGCUUUUUAAAAAAGAGCCAGAAGCUUCAAUGUUGGAUGCCGUGCUAUGACAACGUCACUGCUCCUCCGUCCUCGCUGGGUCGACCCGUCGGUGAUGUUCCUCUACGACAACAGCGGCGGUUCCGAUGAAGUGAGCAAGAACAUGGAGGGUUUUGCUGGUGGCAACUUUGCUGCGAACCAGUGCAGGAAUCUGAUGGCGCACCCCGCGUCCCUGGCACCCAGCACGGCUUACUCGUCUAGCGACGUGCCCACCUCCGGUAUGGGCGAGCAAGUGAAACAGUGCAGCCCUUGCUCUGCAGCUCAGAAUUCAUCCAGCGCGUCCCUGCCAUAUGGGUACUUCGGUAGCAGCUAUUACCCGUGCAGAAUGUCGCAUCACAGCAGCAUAAAGUCUUGCGGAGCGCAGCCCCCCUCCGCGUACGGAGAGAAAUACAUGGACACGUCCGCCUCCGGAGACGACUUCACCUCACGGGCAAAGGAAUUCGCUUUUUAUCCGACCUACCCUUCAGGCCCAUACCAACCUGUCCCCAGUUACCUGGACGUUCCCGUGGUGCCAACUAUCAGUGCGCCGUCAGAGGCCAGACACGAAUCCCUGCUGCCUAUGGAGAGCUACCAGCCGUGGACUCUCGCCGCCAACGGCUGGAACAGUCAGGUUUACUGCGCCAAAGAACAGCCCCAGCCCGGACACAUGUGGAAAUCCUCCAUACCAGACGCGGUGUCCCACUCCGCAGGAGACACGGGAUCUUAUCGACGCGGAAGAAAGAAGCGCGUGCCAUAUACCAAGGUGCAACUGAAGGAGCUCGAGCGCGAGUAUGCCGCCAAUAAAUUUAUCACGAAGGACAAAAGGAGGAGGAUAUCUGCCCAGACCAACCUGUCCGAGAGACAGGUCACGAUAUGGUUUCAAAACAGACGCGUAAAGGAGAAGAAAGUUGUCAACAAAUUGAAAACCAUCAGCUAGUUUCUUUUUUUUUUUUAAUUUACGGACGAUAUCUGUGGGAGAUAACCAGCCCCCCCAAACACACACACACAAUACACACGCAAGUUUGGACUCAUGAAUUGAAACAACAAAACUUGUUCCUGACUGAACGUGAUUUAUCGGAGCUUCUGGAACAAAGAUUUUUGAGGCCUGUGAAGCUGGACUCCUCGUUUUUGCCACUUGUUAUAAAAAAUUGUUUAAAGAGUCAAGUGGAAUGGGAGGAAGAAGAGAAAAUACAGACUAUAGCUGCAGUUUGUGUGACUUCGUCCUCUUUUUUUUAAUUUUUUUUGUCUUUUUCCAAGCUCACUCUCAACACAAGAAAAAUGACCCCAGCUCACAGAGGUGUGCGCCACCGAGCUACGCCUUUAUCAGCAAGUUUAACGAGAGUGAUAAAUGCGAAGAUUCACAGGAAGUGACGACGUUACGAAUUUGGACCUUGGGAAUGUUAAAUAUUAAUCGUCCUGGCUUCCUUUUUUUUUUUUUUU